AUGAGGCCAUCCCAAGCUCUCUCGCUUCUCACACUCCUCAUGCUUCUUGCCUCGUCCACUGCUUCCGUCCUACAAGACACGUGCAAGCGCUUCGGCGGCGCUAACACCUACGACAUCUGCAUCGAGUUCUUCAAGGCCAACAGGGAUAGCGCCACUGCGGACAAGCGCGGGCUCGCCAUCAUCGCCACUGGGAUCGCCAGUGCAACGGCCAUGGACACCCGCAAGCGCAUCACCACCCUGAAGGCCGGGGAAAAGGAUCAGAUGAUCCAGCAGGUCAUCGCCUACUGCGACAAUAUGUACUCCGGGGCCGUGGGCCUGUUCGACAAGGCUGCCAAGGGCAUCUCGUCGGGCAACUUGGGAGACGCGGUGACAAGCCUCAGCUCCGCGCUGGACAUCCCCCAAUAUUGCGAUGACGAGUUCCUCAAGGCAGGCGUGAAAUCUCCGUUCGACGCCGAGAACUUCGAGUUUGGUGUGCAGUGCGCAAUCACUCUAGAUGUAACGAAGUUGUUGACGCUGUAG